AUAUAUUUGUACCCCUAAAACCACUACCACGACGACGACGACCACCAUCACCACAUCCUCUACCUCAUAAACUCGCAGCUAUCCAACGACUCUAGACCACAGCCACCUUACUACAACCACCUAAAUACAAGUAAAUAGCACUCAACAAGCAUCAUAAACCUCACUCGUAAACACCUAAGAAAUGAGAAAACCAUCCAAGCCCGAACAUCAAUCAACCAACCAACUAACCCCAUCCUAUCCCAUCCCAUCCUCACCAACAUAACACCAACACAACAGCACAAACAACCAGCCCCCGCCUCUCACAACCAAAACCAAAUACCAAAACCAACCACCAACCCCAAUCCCAAAUUCCCAAUCGCAAACCACACCACCUCGCCCCUAUGCCCCAACCACAACCCAUCCCGACCCAACACAGCCCCCCUUCCCCUACCCCCUCCUCUGAGGCGACGAGCUGCGCCCCCGUCCUCGCCACCGCGCCCGCGCCCGCGCCCGAGCAGGCCUCGAUCAGUGCCAGGGAGGCAGUGGCCUCAGCCUCAGGGGCUCCGGGGGGCACGCACGCACGCGCCGCCGCCACCGCAACAGCUGCCGUCGCCACUGUAACCGUCGUUGACGCUAUCGUUGUGUUUGCCUGUGGUGCUACUGGCACUGUGGCAUGGCGGCGCCAAGCAAGCGAGUCAAGAAGUCGAGUCAAGAGAGACGAGUCAAGAGAGGCGACAAAGAAGAAGACGAAGAAGAGAACGAUCAAAAACAAAAAAAGGUGCUGUGCAGGAAGCACUCUAACCCCCCGACAACCCGGCCCUGCCGGCAAGCAGGCGAACAGGCAAACACGCAACCAGGCAAAUCCGAUCCGAACGACCGAAGAAGAGAGAGAUCCAGGAGUGACAGACGAGGUCCGUCCAGGCCGACAAGUCCGUCGACCUCAGGACGCGAGAGCGGGUCUGCCUACCCAACCUAGCGCCGGAUUAGACUUUUCUGGCUGCCGAGACCUCCUGUCCCGGGCCGGUGCUGCCGCCAUACCGACGCCUGCUCGUGUCUGUCGUGACUUGCAUCAGGCCAGAUUACACCGCCGUCACUCCUCCGUCACAACGGAGUAA